GAUUCCUCAACCAGGUCCAAGCGAAGUCCAAAUCAAAUUCUACGCCUGCUCUCUCAACUAUCGAGAUCUGGUCAUCAGUAACGGGAAGUAUCCAUUCUCGGUGAAACCAGAAAUCGUACCGGUAUCUGAUGGAGCAGGAGAAGUUACAGCAGUGGGUGAAGGCGUUAUACAUCUCAAAAUUGGCGAUCGAGUCUCACCCAAUUUUAUCCAAGGUCACAUCGGAGGACAACUUACAGAAGAAGCAGGUGCAUCAAGUCUUGGAGGCGAACUUAACGGUUGUCUUCGUCUGUACGGUGUCUUCCCAGCUCUCAGCUGUGUCAAGAUUCCAUCCUCGCUCUCCUACGAAGAGGCCUCGACACUGCCUUGUGCAGCAUUAACAGCAUGGAACGCUCUUUACGGCGUUUCCGACAAAGCACUAAAACCAGGCCAAACCGUUCUCGUUCAAGGUACCGGUGGAGUUAGUCUCUUUGGUGCACAAUUUGCAUUAGCAGCUGGCGCCAAAGUUAUCAUGACUUCGUCAUCCAACGAUAAAAUCGCGACAGUCAAGAAGCUUCUUGGGCAAAAGAACAUUUCGACGAUCAAUUACUCUGAAACUCCAGAAUGGGGUAAGAAAGCUAAAGAACUGACUGGUGGACGAGGAGUCGAUCAUAUUCUUGAAGUCGGUGGUGAAAAGACAUUGAAGCAAUCGUUUGAAGCACUUGCGUUCGGCGGUUCGAUCGGCUUCAUUCGAUUCCUUAGCCAAGGCAGCGGUUCCAGCAUGAGUGGAACAGAAGUUUAUAUGGGUACAAAGAAAAAGAAUGCCCACGUUCAUGGAGUUAUGGUUGGUAGCGCCGAACAAUUCAACGCGAUGAAUGCCGCUAUUGAGACACAUAAUAUUAAACCAAUUGUUGACAGGGUUUUUGAAUUCGAAGAUUUGAAGAGCGCUUAUGAAUAUCAAUGGUCACAGCAACACGUUGGAAAAGUUGUUAUCAAGGUAUCGAAAUGA